AGAUUGCGACCCUGAAGCGGCUAGCCGUGCUGUCAUGUGGCGGGGUGUCCCGGGCUGCCUACGGGACAUUGUGCAGUGGCAGGUGGCGCUCUGGUCCCACAGCUUUGUCCGGACUUGGGGUAGCUGUGGGAAGGCGAUGACUGAGGCACUGUCUGCGCAAGCCGAGGCAGCGGGCGGGCUGAAGGCUUUGGUUCAGCCAAAUGGAGAUGCUGGUAGCAACACGAGCGGAGAGCCGCUCCUGGAGCGCCUGGAGCCGGCGGCGGUAGGGAAGCAGGUCCCGGAGAGCGGGGACCAGGCCCAGGGAGGCGAAGGGCAGCUCCCGAGCAACGGAGAGCAGACCCCAGCUCCAGUCGCCGACUCAGGCAAGAGGAAAAAGCGGAGGGGCGCCACUGGGGAACGGGUCGUGCCGCCUCCGAAGAAACGGCGCACCGGGGUGAGCUUUAGCGAUGAGCACUUCGCAGAGACUACCUACUACUUCGAGGGCGGCCUGCGCAAGGUGCGGCCCUAUUACUUUGACUUCCAGACCUACUGUAAAGGUCGCUGGGUGGGCCGCAGCUUGUUGCACGUCUUCAGCACCGAGUUCCGAUCCCAGCCACUGUCUUACUACGAGGCCGCUGUCCGGGCAGGACGCCUGCAUCUCAACGAGGAACCAGUCCAGGACCUCAGCAUCGUGCUCAAGGACAAUGAUUUCUUGCGGAACACAGUGCACAGACAUGAGCCACCAGUCACAGCAGAGCCUAUCCACCUGCUAGCUGAGAACAACGAUGUGGUUGUUAUAGACAAGCCGUCCUCCAUUCCUGUGCACCCCUGUGGCCGCUUCCGACACAACACGGUCAUCUUCAUCCUAGGCAAGGAGCACCAACUGAAAGAGCUACACCCACUGCAUCGGCUGGACCGCCUCACCUCAGGAGUGCUCAUGUUUGCGAAGACAGCUGCAGUCUCGGAGAAGAUCCAUGAGCAGGUUCGGGAUCGGCAGCUGGAGAAGGAGUAUGUAUGCCGGGUUGCAGGGGAGUUCCCUGACAAGGAGGUAAUUUGUAAGGAACCCAUCUUAGUGGUGUCUUACAAGGUAGGAGUGUGCCGUGUGGAUCCCCGGGGCAAGCCUUGUGAGACUGUGUUCCAGAGGCUGAGCUACAAUGGCCGCUCCAGUGUGGUACAGUGCCGACCACUUACAGGUCGCACUCACCAGAUCCGAGUCCACCUCCAAUUCCUGGGCCACCCGAUUCUCAAUGACCCCAUCUACAAUUCAACUGCCUGGGGUCCUUCUCGAGGCCAGGGUGGCCACAUUCCAAAGACAGACGAGGAACUGCUCCGAGACCUGGUUGCAGAACAUCAGGCCAAAGAAAGCCUGAGUAUGCUAGAUCUCUGUGAGAGUGACCUGACGCCAGGGCUCAUAGACUCGACAGCUCCCUCUUCAGAGUUGGCUAAAGACAGCCUGGAAGGGUUGGCUACAGCAGCCCAGAAGAUAGAUGGAAUAGCUGAGGCAGCCCCUCAGCAUCUGGACACACCAGAGAAGGCAGCUAAAGCAGAUGUGACUCAAGAAACAGACCCGCUCUGUGCCGAGUGCCGAGUGUUGCGACAGGAUCCCUUGCCCCAGGAUCUCGUAAUGUUCCUGCAUGCCCUCCGCUAUAAAGGGCCAGACUUUGAGUACGUCUCACCCAUCCCAGCCUGGGCACGGGAUGACUGGCAAGAAGACUGAGGAAUGUGACCAUUGGAAAAAUGGCUUCUUGGAUUGGAGCAAGGAUGGGCCUUGAGACAGGGACUGCUCCCAUUGGUUGAUACUCAGGUUUGGAGAAGAGCAAGGUUUCACAGUAAGGAACCUUGCUUGUACCUGCUGCUACCUCCUUCCUUCUGGCUUGUUGGGGCUUUCAGAUCUGUACAUAGAUCAUUUUUUUCUAACACCUUGUAUGUCCAUUUUUACUGGUUUCUUACGAUCCCUUCCCUCUUCCCCCCAGUGCUUAGGAUAGAAUCUAGAUCCAUUAGAAGGCAAGUGCUCUACAACUGACCUCCAAGCCCCUUAGUAUUUCUGAGUUUCUCUAGCUCAGGCAGAUCUUGAACCCUGAAUCCUCCUACAUUGCCUCCAGAGCGGGAAUACAGGUAUGAAACACCAUGCCUUGCUUUUUUUUUUUUUUUUUUUUUUUAAUUGAGAUAAAAUUCACAUAGCAUAAAAUUAACCGCUUUAAGAUAAACACUGUUGGCAUUUACUAUAUUCACAAACUAGAGCAACCUUAUCUCAAGAUUUCAAAACAUAUUUCUCAUUCCUACAGGAAACUGUACAGCACAUUCUUCCCUUUUUCUCUCUCUCAACUCCUGGUAAACAGUUUAUUCUUUAUUCCACAGGCAUGGACUCAGACAAUCUGUGUCUUUUUCUUUUUUCUUUUGUUCUUUGUUGUUGUAUGUUUGUUUUCUGAGACAUGGUUUUGGUAUAGCCCUGGCUGUCCUGGAUCUUGCUCUGUAGACCAAGCUGGUCUUGAACUCACAAAGAUCCACCUGCAUCUGCCUUCUGAGUGCUGGGAUUCAAGGAGUGUGCCACGCCCCCCAAGCUACCCAACACUUAUUCUUUUCUGUUUGUUCUACUGAUCAUCUCUCUCCUAGUGCAUGUGAUAUAAUUUCUCACAGUGGAAUAUACUCUUUUUGUUGUGUUGUUUAUUAUUUAUUCUGGACAUAAAAUCUUAACAAAAGAAUUAACAGCCCAAUUACAAAAUAUCCAAAAAUGAUUCUGGUUCUCUCUCUCUCUCUCUCUCUCUCUCUCUCUCUCUCUCUCUUUCUCUCUCUCUCACACACACACACACAUACACACACACACACACACACACACACACACACGGUCUGGUUAAGAGCACUCAUUGCUCUUUGAGUGGCUCACAACCACCUGACACCCCAGCAUUAGGGGACCCUUCCCCUCUUCUGGCCUCUGCCAGGGCUACAUAGUGAGACUCAUGUCUCAAAAUAACAAAGACGGAAGCAGUGCAGUUAACAAAACUAACAUGUUUUAGAAUGGCAGAUUUCCUGGAGUCAGGACUGUUACCACCAGAGCACUGACUCUGUUAUGAUGCCUUGCCUUCCACAGGUAAGCACUGUGCGUGAUCACGGCUGUCUUUCCACUCCAAAUGAGCUCUUCUCUCAUGUGAAGCGCAUUCUUAUUUUCAAAACCACAUUUUAUCAGCCAUUAGCCACAUCAAAAUAAUUGGAAAAUGUCUGUCUAUUGCUAAAGCUGCCUCUGUGUGUAUGUGGGGCGGGGGGGGGGGGUGGAGUGGGAGAGGGGAGUGUACUGAGACCCUGUGUCAAACAAAGAAAAUAACACACACAGACAUUUUUGUAAGCCUUGAAUCUGGGGUAACUCCUCUCCUCCUCCAUCUUUCCUGCUCUCUCUCUCUGUUUUUCUUGAGAGGGUCUUGUUAUGUAGCCAGGAUAGCCUCAGAAUCACUAAGUAUCCCAGCUGGCCUCACACUCAGUUUCUACUUUCUUAAGCUUUCCAAUUGCUUGAGUUAUAGACAGCCAUGUACAAGCUUGCCUUGAAGUUUUUGUUUUUGUUUUUAAAUCCCAAAUGGUAGAAUUAAACACAUGCACUGCCACUCAGGAUUUUGAAGAUUUCUUGUGUAUAAUAAAACAUAGACUAUAAGCAAACAAACAUACAACCAUCCAUUGCAAUUCUUUCAGCGCUACGUCUUAAAAGAGUUGUUGAUGUAUAACCAUCCAGGACUGUGGCGCAUCACCAGCUGACAAUUCUUCCCUGAUAAGUUCAUAAUCAACAGAGGGAAUGAGUCUUCCUGAAGCUGAAUCUAGAGGAUUAAGACCCAUUUUUUAGCACUUAAGCAGUAAAUGCUGUUAGUCUUAAUUAGGUAUUUUUGUAUCAAUCUUUUCUCAUGGUCUUCCAGGGACUCGGGGUUGGAAUAUCCUGUAAUAGUUCAGGAUAGUGUGAAGUAACCUUGCUGUUGAUUUGAGUGCUUUGAGCAGGAUUUAAAGGGUAAAAACAUGAAACCUCCUUCUCACCCAAAGCUGGAAGUAGCCACUGAUCCAGUAGAUGGCGCCUCUCACUCUUUUAUCAGUCUCUUCCCUUUCUGUUACUAAUUCAAGUAAUUUCCCCCUCCCGUUCUUUAAAAUAAAGUGGUAUUGUUGAUUAUUUUCACUCCCUUAGAAAAUGGGAGCCAAGUACUGGUAGUUAUGAAUCAGGAAAUCAUCAGGAGAGAAAACCCUGGUAUUCUCAUAACAAGCCUCACGGUAAUUUCAUGUGAGAGUAAGAACUAAACACCCUGACUUACAAAGGCAUGGCAGCAAGAGGUUCAGGAGUGAGCCUCUUGAAACUGGAUACCUGCAUCACACCUGCCAGGCUCAGAACAUAUGGGAGAAGACUGGGAAAGAAGGGAAGAGCCAGAGGAUAAGGAGGGGUGCCUUAAAAAGUCUGUGGGGAGUGGCUGGGUUGUUGCACCCGUGCAGCAGUAGUUACCUCUGCAAGCCAGGCGCAAUUCUGAGUCCACUGUCAUUUAAACAUGGGUGAGGGAGGGGCUACUGGCAGUUAAUGGUUGCUGGGAGAUUGGAUGCCAUUUUCUUCAGUGAUCUAACUAAUGAAAAGUUGCACAGCUUCUGCUGUGCAAACUGAGACUGAAUCAGAGAUGGAUAUCCAUUGGAUAAAGUUUUAACCAGUUUUUCUUCAACAUGAAACAUAGAACGACAGUCAUUCAGACAAAACAAAAACACACAAACUGACACAUGGUCAGACUGGUGCACCAAGGACAGACAAUGCAGAGAAGGAAGGAACUUGAUGUAACCAGAACUAAGGAUGCCUACUGUAGGGGCCAGAGAGGAAGCAAGAAGUCUCCCGAUUUCCUUCUGUCCCUGGGAGAGCUCUGAAAUCCAUUUUCCUUCACUUGAUCUCUCUCAUGUCAUUUGUAUAUCUAGCAUCUCCCUUUUGUUGUUUUUGUUUUUUAUUCUUUUUAUUUUAUCUUAUUUAUUUUAUUUUAAGCCCUACUCCUUUCAUCGGAUACAGUUCUUGACUACAGACAAAUGUUUGUUUAGAAUUUUCCAGCCCCAUUUUCCACUGUCAACCUCUAGCUGAUAUCAGCAUUGGGCUGACGCUGACUCAGUUUAACCUGUAUCCUUUUUGCACCAUUAAAAUCAACAGCCUUCAAAAGAUGAAA